GCGUAAGUACGAGCGACCUAUUUUGACAAAUUCCUCCACCGCUCAUCCUCUCCCGCGCGCUUGCCCCUUUCCGCUUGGCCUUCCGCCCCUCCUCUUCUCCGCACGGAGCGCCGCCACAGGUGAUUGCUAGGGUUUCGGGGCCGCCGCCUGCAGCAGCCCUACCGCCAGCGCUCCUACGCCUGUGUCCCUGUUCCUCUCCGUCCCGUUCUGCCGGCGUACCACGGCUGACGGCCGACGCCCUGCAGAUCCAGCAAAGGCAACGCUGAGAUCCCUACGACUUCGAACGGCCUGUGACCUGUGGAUCUGUGCCAGCCUGUUGGUCGAGCUACCUGCUCCAGACCGAGCAGCCCGUGUUAAAGCUAGCUAAGGAAACAGGGCCUAAGUGAGCUCAGAGGAAAAAAAGGAACGCAAUGGAGGAAGGGAACGUGCGGGUGGACCUCGACAAGCUCCCCAUCAAGCGCCUUGAGGCCAUUGAGGAGACUGGCAACGAGCACUACCCACCUGACACUAGCAACGAGGAGCAGCGACUCGCGGCCAUCCGCCGGAUUGACUUCUCCUGGGUCAUAGAGAAGGAUGCAAAGAAGGCCAAGAAGGCGGCUGAGGCUGACACUGCCCAGCAGGCAUGGCCCUGGCAGGGCCUUAUGGAGAGCCUGCAGCAGGCACAUCAGGAGCUCUCUGUCGUCAUAGACCUCAUCGGCACGGUUGGUUGAGGCUAACGACGCUGUGGCAGUCGCCUCGACAACGAAGCCCAAGUCGCAGCCAAAUGAAAUACUGGUUGACAUGGCAGUCUCUGCUGCCACCAAGCUCCAGCGCCUUAGGCAUUUGUCAUGGUACUUCAAACAAUCUGCUAAGACUAUGGAGCAACAAUUCCAAAAGGAGACUAGGUUCUACGGCUCCUUAAUAAGAUUGCAGCAGAACUGGAAAGUGAAGCGGCAGCGGGCUGUUGGGAGUCCAGGAAGUGAAGGCUUCAUGUUUGAUCUAGUUGAUAGUUCUCAGCUAGACACAACAACAGUGCUUCGAUUAUCACCAUUAUCUUUAAUUCCGAUUGAUCAAGACUCUUCAGGCACUUUGUCUGUACAAAUUCCACAGAAGUCUUUGCGUUCCUUGAGCCUUAAAUUUCAUGGAGACAUAGUCAAUAAUGCAGAAAGCAGUGCUAUCAAAAAGAAAGAAGGCACAUUAACCAACACUACUGCUGAAGCCGAAAAGGAUGUUUUGGCAGAUGAUGAUGUCAAUAAGUCUAUUAGAUAUGCACAUUCCAUCCUUCGUGACAUCCACAAGUCCAUAUUUGAGGAGCAGGUAUUUGAUAUGGUGAUCCGGGAGACGUUUAACCAGUCUCAAGGCAUCAAUGUUACUGGGAUGUGCGAAGAUUUUCUCCAAUUAGCUAUUGGCCAGGAGUGUUCGUUGUGCCUUUCGCUUGAGCUCUCUGGACAGAACAAUAACGCAGGAACAGUAGGACAGCAAGAUCAUAUGGAUACAAAUUAUCCUGGAAAUCUUGCAGUAGCCACUGUAAAUGGGAAGGAGUCCUCAAAUAAGGAUGUGAGAGGGUUUCCUAACCCCAAAAGCUUAGAAAUCUACCUGCUCCAUAUGUUCCAUGAAAUUCUUAGGAAACUCAGGGAGAAAUCUCGUCAUGUGGUUCGCUACCAGAGUUCUGCUCAGGCUGCACCUGACGAUUGUGGCCUGCUAAGCCAUUUUUGCAUGACAGUGGCUCACAGGAUAUUUUCUAACAAAGUACAUUUGGAGCUGGAAAGCGUGGUUAGUAGGGUUCCUUAUCUCCAUCUGCGUUCCCUUCCUACAUGGCAUUCUCGAACUUCUUCCUGGUCUCUCUGCUUGAAAGUUCCUCAGCCUAUCCUGGCCACCGGUCGAGUCACAAAGCCUUCAGACUAUCACGAGCUGAAGUACAAAUCCAGGUCGCAGUUUAGUACAAAGGUGAUCUUGAAAGAUGGCCAAAUUAGUUUAAUGGGUGAGGGCUCCCCAAGCAUUGUUGGGUCCUUGACUGGGAAGCCAUCUGAUUCACGUCUGAUAAAUAGUUACAAUUGUGACUUGGAAGACCUCCCAAUGAUGCUUCUGCAGCAGGUCGCCAGUCAAGUAAUCCACUGGCUCCAUGAUGAAGCGAUGAUUCUUGGGAUGAACGUGACCAGAGAUUUCCUGUGCCUGUACUUUGACCUUGGCCAAGGCGAAACACUUGGUCUAUUGGCACAUGUCGACCCGGAUGACACCUAUGGCUGCAUCUCAUGGUACCUCACUGUUGAACACCCAAUGGAGGAGGGGAAGAUGUCAGCUGGCAGUCCAGAGUCAGAGAAGCGAAGGUUUUUGGGGUACCUUUCCCUGGAAGUGCUUUACUCUACCCUGAUGGACCUGAUAAAAUUGUGCAGCACAAGUGAUCAAAUUCGUGCCUCUUGAUCGACAUAAGUGGAUGAAAUGAUGUAUGUCCGUGCAGUGUUUAAGAGUAUGUAAAUUGAGGCAUUAUGUGCACCUUUUGUUUGCUAAUAGGAUGUUUGGCUUGAAAAAUGGAGUCCAUCCUCUCACUCUUCAGUAUGUUUGUUUGGUUCAUGAAUGAAAUAAGCUGAUACAUCACCAUCUUA